UAAAAUUGAAGAUACUAAACAGGCGUAACAGAUCAAGGCCACAAAAUUGCAAGACUUGUGCUGUUGUGUUUGCAAAUCUCUUUGCUCCAUUAACUUGUCAUCUAAAAUUGGUACUAAACAAGAGUAAGAGAAGACAAAAUUACAAGUUGGUUUCACUUGUUCAAGAUAAAAGAAGAAAAUAUGGAUAUGAUCAAAGUUGGUCCAGCGGGAGAAGCAGCACAAUAUGCAACCCGUUGGGAUGAAAAGGGAAGAGACGAAGUAGCCCAGAUUUUUGUUUCCUACACUUAUGACACAGUUUAUUCACUGCAGUUCCUCUUCUAUGAGAAUGACAAAUUAGUUAUGUCAAACAAGCAUGGCAAUAAUAAAUGUGAAGUCUUUUGUGCAGUGACGUUUGAUUAUCCAACAGAGUUUCUUACUUCCAUAAGUGGUUCAUUCCGAAAAUCUCAUGGAUCUACUAUUUUGAACUCAAUAUCAUUUGGAACCAAUAAGGGUUCCUAUGGACCAUUUGGAACCCCUUCAGAUAAUGCCAACAAGUUCACCUUUCAGAUAGGAAAUUAUCCUUCUUUUGGUGGUUUUUACGGCAGCAAAAGCAGUUGUGGUAUUGAUAGUUUAGGGAUCUAUAUGAAGCCCAUCAAAAUCUCAAUGAUCCAUUUUAAAGAUCCUAUGGAAAAGGAUAAAAAGGAAGGAGCUCAAGAGAAGCAGGGCAAGCUCAAGCUGCGUACACCUCUCACAAAUUCUGAAUAAUACAGUUCGUAUUAGUUUUCUCUAUUGCUUAUGGUUGUUUCUACAUAUCAAUUUCAGUUGGUGUGACUUGUUAUAUGAAGAAUAGUUUUCCUACUCUAAAAGUUGGAUAUAAAGAAUAUGUCUAAGGCCCUUAUUCUCUAUGAUCAA